GCGGAUCGUAGCCCGGGCGCACGCGAUCAGAUGAUCCUGGUGUGGACGGCCAAGUUGUAGGCGGGAUGGCUGAGCAAGCGGCGCUAGGACCCCCGGGCAGAGGCUCGGGGAAGGGAGUCGGGGGGAAAUGCCUUACAAGGUCCCCUUGCGGUCACCAUCUGAGCCCGCCGCCCAAAAUAGCCCCCGGCGCCCGCUGGCCUGCCUUAUGGCCGAGAGAUGGCUGCUGCCUCCGAGCCCGUGGAUUCGGGUGCACUCUGGGGACUCGCGCGCCCGGAGCCCCCUCCCACCCGCUUCCAUCGGGUGCACGGUGCCAACAUCCGCGUGGACCCCUCUGGGACGCGGGCCACACGCGUGGAGAGCUUCGCCCAUGGCGUGUGCUUCAGCCGCGAGCCGCUGGCCCCGGGCCAGGUCUUCCUGGUCGAGAUCGAGGAGAAAGAGCUGGGCUGGUGCGGACAUCUGCGUCUCGGUCUGACGGCGCUGGACCCCGCCAGUCUGGCCCCCGUUCCCGAGUUUUCUCUGCCCGACCUGGUCAACCUGGGCCACACCUGGGUCUUCGCCAUCACGCGCCACCACAACCGCGUGCCCCGGGAGGGCCGCCCGGAGGCGGAGGCAGAGGCCCCCAGCCGACCUCCAACCCUCCUGGUGGAACCAUAUCUGCGCAUUGAGCAGUUUCGCAUUCCCCGGGACCGCCUGGUGGGCCGCAGCCGGCCAGGGCUCUACAGCCAUCUCUUGGACCAGCUCUAUGAGCUGAACGUGCUGCCUCCGACCGCGCGCCGUAGCCGCCUGGGCGUCCUCUUUUGCCCGCGCCCCGAUGGCACGGCCGACAUGCACAUCAUCAUCAACGGCGAGGACAUGGGUCCGAGCGCCCGGGGACUGCCAGCUGCGCAGCCCCUUUAUGCGGUGGUGGACCUGUUUGCUUCCACCAAGAGCGUGCGCCUUGUCCAGCUCGAGUAUGGCUUCUUCUUCCCACAGUGCCAUCCCUGCAGACUCUGUGCCGCCUAGUGAUACAGAGGAGCAUGGUGCACCGGCUGGCCAUUGAUGGGCUCCACCUGCCCAAAGAACUUAAGGACUUCUGCAAGUAUGAGUGAAGACCCGCAGCACACCAGAGCAGAGCUGCAUCCUGGGGCCCCAGACCUGUGGCUGGCUGGUCCGAAGUUGGCCACAUUGCUGCCAGCCAGGACAAGAAAUAAACAGCCAAUGCUGACA